CAUCGUUACAUUCAAGACGUAACGUUAUAUUAUUAAUAUUGAGGAGUGAAAAAAUAUCCCUUUUUUUUCUCGGCACAGCUAUCAAAGUGUUUGACAGCUGUCAGUGAAUUCGAACAUGGCAAGGGGAUUUUGCUUGAUUAUGUACUUUUCGGUGGUGGUACAGUCUGUUACGCCGUUUUACAGUUCGAAGUCAUUAGAAGGAUAUCCUGCCGGCUAUUUGAGUGACUGUCCUGGAGGCGACAGGGAAGCAGUGAUCACGAAGAACAGCCUCAAAUACCUGACGAUGACCGUCGUUGGGAACGGAAACUUUUUGACGGCAAAACGAUCUACCUACACUUAUUAUCAAAUGAAGCAAUUAGCCAAAGACCCGAACAUGGAUUUCAGUAAGCGAACAGCUGUAUACGUCGGAGGGUAUAUGGACAGUCCGAGUUAUCCAGUUGCAAGUCUAUUGGCCCCACAGUAUCGACGCCAAGGAUAUAAUGUUCUGCUGUUGGACACAAAUAAGUUUACGGUCAUGGAGUAUCCUUUGGCUGUCCGCUACAUAAGAACCGCUGCCCGACACACAGCAGAGAUGCUAGUCGACCUAAUAAAGCACGGUCUGGAUCCAAAAAAACUAGACCUGAUUGGCCUUAGUUUGGGCGCGCACACAGCCAGCUUCAUCGCGAAACGCUUCAAGGAACUAACCGGUGAUACCAUAUCGAGACUCACCGGGUUAGAUCCAGCAGGACCGUGCUUCAGGAAUUUGGGCCCCGAUCAGCGACUGGACUCGUCUGAUGCGGACUUCGUGGACGUCGUCGAUACGAAUAUAGACGAGUUUGGUAUGGCGGCUCCGAUUGGCCACGUAAAUUUCUACGUUAACGGAGGCGAGUACCAACCUGGCGAUAUUCUUUGGAUGCCGUGCAACGCCUUCUGCAGUCAUCUAAGGUCUUACACUGUUUGGUUGGCGGCACUGCAGUAUCCGACCUCGUUUAUAGCAAUACAGUGCGAUUCUGUGCAAGAGGCGAGAAAUAAAAAUUGCUACGAUAGAAUACCUUUGGUCACGAACGUUGUCGGUUUGGGUACGGACAAGAGUAAAACUGGUGUAUUUUACUUAGCAACGCACAAUAAUUAUCCGUAUUAUUUAGGAGAAAAGGGACUGAAGAAGGAAUACGAAUAUUUCCAGUCUCAUAUGGAAGAAAUUACCAAUAAUGAUAGUAUGAAAAUCUGAUUAGUCACGUAGCGGCCUGUUUUUUGUUAUUAUCAUUGUCAAUGUUUCUAAAAUGUACUUGUGGUCUCAUUAUAAAAUAUGCUGAAGCUUAAUUUUAAAACGAUCUCUAAAAUACAUAUUUAACGUAUUAUAAUACAGUGUGAUUCCUUAUAAUGUGCACAUAUCGAAAUGAGGGAACCUAUGCUUGAUUUUAUCGAGGGAAUAAUAUUUAAAAAAUGCUAAAUAUAUUUUUAAAAUUUUUUAAGUUUUUUUUUUGUUCUCUAGUGACUCCCGUGUAAACAAAACGGUGUAACUUUUGAACUAAAUGAUCUAUCGUGGUUAAACAAAUUCCUUAAUGUUUGGAAGUAUUUAGGCGUCCUCAUAAAAUGAAAAAGUGGGAGAAAACCUCCCCUCAAUUGAAAA